CCACAGAAGCCGAACGAUGCUUUGUAACUUCUCAUUUAGAUUCGGUUAACCUGAUCAUUGUGUUUAAACUUCUGGAUCAGGUGGCGCGGAAAUGGAUGAAGUUGGGCUUUUAGAUCUUUCAUGGGCUCAAGGUUAUAACGGUUCACCUGUCACCUACAUUGACAGAGGAGUUUUUUGUUUUGGAUGUGGGAAGAAUAUCAAAUUCCAUCAUGAAGAUGGCCAUGAAGAAGUGUUUGCCUUUCCACAUGAAGGAAUGGGACCCAUGGCUAUCCAUCAUGGUCAUAAAACUUUUGCUGUGGCUAGUCAAUGCUCCCAACCAAAAAUAUAUGUGUACAGUUAUCCAUUGUUUGAUGAGGUGUCAGUUAUGGAAGGUGGAGCUAAACUGGAGUUCAGUCACUUGACUUUCUCAUCUGGUGACUACCUUGUCAGUGUCUCUGGUAUCCCAGACUUUACAAUGGGCCUCUGGCUCUAUGCAAGUGGAGAAAAACUGGCCAGUGUAAACCUGAGUCAUCACACACCAACUAGCGUGACUUUCAAUCCUGCUAACUGGCAUCAGCUGUGCAUCACCUCAGAGGCAGAAAUCACUGUCUGGGAGAUAGAGCAGUGUGACACCAAUUUCAUCUUCAAACCCAGUCAAGUCAGUAUCCUGCCAGCAGAUUGCUCCCCUGGCAGUGAAAAUCAGGUUGAGAGAGAGAGGAAUAACACCACCCGUACGUCUACACGUAUGACCAACUUUACUGUGGAUGUCCCUAAAGCAGCCAAAGCAGGGUUGGUGGGAUCUAUAGCAGAACGUUUAGAUCAGCUUCAGGAUAAUACAGAGAGAAUGAUUCCAGUGUCACAUGCCUGGGGACCUAAGGGAGACCUCUAUGUAGGUUGUAGAGGGGGACAGCUGCUUUUGGUUGAUGGGGAGAAUUUGAAGCCAUAUGUCUUAUACAACCCAUGCACAAUAGGCAGUGCAUUCCAGUCCCGAGAACCCAGUAAUAUUUCACUGAAGAGUGUACCAGAGGAUUCUGGGAGCGUAUUAGUACAAGGGUCCCUAGACUGUAUUCAGAUUCAUAGGCGUGGGCUGUAUACGGCUGGCUCCGAUGGGCUAAUUCGUCUGGUUGACCUCAGCACUGAUUCAGUGAACAUCAUAGAGCAGUGUAAUGUGGGAUGUGCAGUAAAUAGUAUAGGAUUUUCACGCGACUACAGUAGGAUGGUACUGGGAUCCCCACAGGGCUGUAUAUACAUGUAUGAACCGGGCAAUGAAGACAGUCUGCAGGAAUUAUUGGAUGUUAACCAUGGGAAAAUAUUGGGACUAGGACUGUUGGCUUCAGGCAGUGAAAGCUGUGUGACUCUGCGUGAGAAUGGGGAAUUGCAGUUCUGGAGUCUAGAAACUGGGAAGUUGGUUGGUUCUAUGCCAGUAGGCAUUCAGUGUACGGCUCUUGCAUGCAGUCCCCUGUGUCACUUUGUUGCUGUGGGCACUGCCACUGGCCAUGUGUACAUGGUGGACUGUAACAACAUGGAGAACAUCAGACUCGUGCACAGGUGUCACAUGUAUGUGGGCCCCGUUCUGCGACUUGUAUUUGAUCAGCUGGGUAAUUUUCUCUUGUGCUCAUCUGAUGAUGGACAUGUGUUUUUGAUGGAUGGGAGGGCUUCUGAAAACUUCAAGGUCUUGGGACACACAGAUGUUAAAGGACAUAUAAAAAGCAUAUCCACAUACACAGAGCCUAAAGUAGGAGAUUUGAUGGUCAUAAUAACUUCUGGCAACAGCCCUGAUAAAGCCGGAGCAACUAACCUAUGUUCUUUUGAAAUCUCUCACAGUCUCCGCGAAGACAUUAGUGAGGCUAUAGCAAGCCUUAAAGGAGAGUUCAAGGUCACAGCCAUCAAUAGACUGAACUAUGUUGUCAGCUCACCAAUCCAUGGAGCUGCCAUCACUGCAGGAGGGAUGCUCUAUGCCAUUGGACAGAACAAGAAAAUUCAGCAAUACACUCUACCUGAGGAAGUUAUCAACAAGAAAAAAGUGAUAGAGCUGACACCAGUAGAGGAGUAUGAAGGACAUCAGCUGACAGGGGGUGUGAUCGGCCUGUCUCCACAUCAGAAAUGGCUAACCUCCUGUGGCACUGAUGGCAUGGUCUCUGUCAGAUCUGUUCUGGGCAUGGAGAGCCCAGUCAAUGUGCAGGCUAGCAGCUAUAUCUGUGGGGGAGUUCAGAGUGCUGUGUACUCAGAUGACUGUACCCGACUUCUGACACUCACUCAAGAUGAUGCCCUCACCUGUUACAAAUGGCAAUUCUUUCCCCAAGGAGUAAGCCGAGCAAAGUCAGCCUUGGAAUCGUCUCGCGCUCGGCGCUCAAGGAUGUUACAAAGACAGCAAGAGCAGGAUGCGUGUCUUCAGGGCUUGGAAGACUGGAUGCCACCCCCUCCCCUAUCAAGACCUGCAUCUGGUAAUCCCAAAGAGGACAAGGAGCAGCUAGAAAAGGAAAGAGCUUUAGCCAGUGAUGAGAUUUACACCACUCCCACCCCAACACCUGGAGCAGAUGCCACAUGGUUGGAGUGUCGUGAAAUUGAGGCUCACAAGGAAGAGGACAAACAGUACAGUGAUGUCAAGAAUGGCCUACGUGUACAAAUCCGGGACAUGAGAAGAACCAUUCAGAAAAUGAUGCGAGCCAAUGAGACUCUGCCAGAUCUGGAGAAGCUGGGGCACCAUGAGUUUGACCUAGAUAUUGAUGAGCAAGUCAGGCUACAGAAUGAGGGAGAGGCACUCUUACAAAAGAUUAAAGAAGAAAUUGAAUUUGAUAAUCUUGCCAAAAUGUACUUGAAAGAGAAGAUCAAAACAGAAUGUUGGGACAGUUUGGAGGUCAAAGGUCGUUCAAUUCUGGCCUUUAACUCAAACUUAGAAGUAAGCAACUUCCCUAUGAAGACUCGCUCAAGGAGCUCUCUACAGAUGUUGGAAAUGGUGACCAAGAGGAGGAAAGUGGAAGUGUUGGACCAGGCUGCCAGAAAAGAGAUGGCAGAAGCUGGAAGAAAACCUAACUCUCCACUAGAAGAUGAGGGAGUAGAAAUGGAGGAAACAGAAGAUGAUUCCAAAGAACUGCCCUCUAUUGCAGGAAGUUUAGGUGCCCAGUAUGGUGGGGGUAAUCCACUCCUGUUCAGUCAGUUUGAGUUACACACUAGAGAACAGAAGCUGUGUCAGAUCAUCUUACUGGAGGACACUAUAUUUAAAAUAAAGAAAGCUUUCAACAGUGAAUUUGAGGAUGGCUUUGUUAAGAAAGAGCAAGAAAUAAUUAAGAUCAAGGACAAAAACAAGAGGAUUCAUAAGAUUUUGGAGGACUUAGAUCUGAAGGAGGAAGUGGUAGAGCCAGAGCUAAGCAGCCUGGAGAAACCUGAGCUCUUGCUGACUGUUGAUGACAGUGAGGUGAAGGUAGAGAAAUUCCUGACCCCAGAGCAGAAAAAGGAGAAAGAGAAACAGGAGAAGGCUGAGGAAGAGCGGCGUCUAAAGGAAAUGGGAGACAAUGCCCGCGAGAGAGCACUUGGCAUGAUGAUGGGAGGAGUGCUAGAGAUCAAGAAGGAAGAUGAACUCAAGAAGGACAUCCCGGUGCCAGCCUUCAUGAGUAAUAAGAAGCAGGAAGAUUGGAGUGAAGAGGAGACAAAAAUGGCUAAGGAUUAUGAAAGAAAAGUGAAGGAGCUAGAAGAAGAGAGGGAGAAGUACAGGAAGCAACUGGAGACUGAGCUGAGGAAGCUGCAGGCAGUGAUUCAGGAGAGCAUGGCAUCGUUUGAUGAGGGCCUCAAUCAGCUCUUCAUGAAGAAAGUUCGUACACAGAUGGUCGUCUAUCAGGAGGAGCUAAAGAUGCUGAGGCUGAGAUACUCUAUGCUGCUGGAGGAGGAACUGGAGUACCGAGAGAAUGAACUGAACAGAGUGCUGGACGAGAAGAGGGCAGCUAAGCAAAUCUCAAGCCAAACUCUCCAAGAAACAAAACAGCAAGUGGAGCAUUUUACUGGGGAAUAUGUGAGGUUGCAGUUGGAGGACAAGGUGAUGGAGAAAACAUUUAAGAAGGACUUUAGUGAUUGUACUGCUCUGCAGGCCGAACAACUUUUCAAACUCUUCAAAAAGAGACCCAGAGGUCAGAAGAUGAAGGGUGACACCCCAGUGUUUGACCCUAACUCUCCUAACCCAUUUGCUGAACAUUCAUCCACAUCCCGUCAGGCUAAGGCAAUCAUGGAGGCCUUCCUAGAUGAGGCAGAUAAAGAACAUAACAUGCCAGAGGGUCUGGAGGAUUAUAUCUGGGAGAGGAUGUGUCGUUAUCGCAGAGAGAAAGUCGCUAGUGAAUUGCUUGUGAAGUCCAAAGAAAGCACCUUAGCAGAGAUGAAUGUGUAUUUACAAAAACGCCAAGAAGAAGAUGAUGUGCUGAAGGGAGAUAUUGAGGACAUAAUGCAACAUAUUUCCAGGUUGAAGGAAGACCAGCUAAGGUUUACCUGUAAUUUGGAGGUGCAGAUGAUGUUGAAGCAGGGACAGGUUGAGAUAGACCCCGGUUCAUUCAUACCAGACUUCAGUGAGAGCGUUCUUGUACACAGAACAGUUGUGGAGGAUCUGAACAGUACCAUUAAGCAACUUGGAGAAAGCAAAAUGGCAAGCAUGGUAGAAAGCAAGGAUUUUCGUAAAGGCAUUUUGCAGCUUGAAUGGGAACAUAAGAGGAUGUUGAUGCUGAUUGAGGACUUGGUCAGCAAGAUGAAGGACAUUCAGUUUAUGAAAGUUACGCGAGAAAUCCAACUGUACCUGAAUGAACAGGACUAUGAUGGAAAGAAAGCUCAGGAAAUCAGCAUUCUUGAGCAGACUUUACAGUUAUUACAGAAGCACCAUAACAGAAAGAUCAAGCUGAAGAAGAGGACCAUGAGAGACUUAAGCGGCACUAUUAAACAGAAACAGGAAGAAAAUGAGAAGCUGGCUGAACAGUUGGAAGAGCUUAAUGUCUCUGUGAAUGAGAGAACCCACAUUGAUCGUGUCAAUGCUGAGCAGCGUUUGGACACAGGAGCGGAGAAAAGGUAUCAAGAAAUAGUUCAGAGACGAAAACUGGUUGACUUGGCUAAAGCCCAGGCUCAGGAGGUCGCAGUUCUUCGUGCUGAGGUGGAGCGGCUUCGUAUGAGGACCUUCCCGGCCCUGGUGCAGGUCGAGCGCUAGUUGGGAAUACUGGUGUGGAGAGAUAAAGAAAAACAUUGUCUGGCAAGACGGACGAAAGUGGCGUCCGACAGGAGGAUAUAAAUUUACAAUUUGUGUUAACUAUCUUAAUGUCUAGCUUUUACUUUAUCUUCGGUGAAUGUUGCUUUGUAGCUUCUGUAUUUUAACUUAACUAUUCCAAAGUGAUGAUUAUAUUAUAGUUAAUUAUUACCUGUCCUACAAGCUGCGAUAAUCUAAGACAUGUAAUCGGUU